AUGCAGGUGGAGCGUUUGGAGCUGUUCCGCGAAGACAUUGAAGACCUAGUGAAGCUUACUGUGGACAAGAUGGACAUGUACCACCUCGUCUCAGCAGUGGUUCUGGGCUUCACAACCAGUGUCUUCACCGAGGGCCGCAUAUGGGGCAAGACGCCUCCCAGCUACAUCGCCGUUUACUUCAUGACAGUAGGCUCUGGCUGGUUGUAUCUCCUGAUGACAGUGUGGCUCAGCAUGUGCGCCAGUGCCAGCAGUAGACUGUAG